AUGGCAGAAGAACCCUACGAUUCUUCCAUCGUGUCUGGAAGGUCGCCUGGCACCGUUUGCUAUGUUGCCGCCCUCGACCCCACCCGACGAACCCCUUCCCCUGAGCCUUUCAUUGAAACUGACCACGAUCCCGCCUUCUCUUUGUUGCUCGAGGAAUUCGAGAGUCUGAAAGAGACCUUCCAGAAACGAUCGCUUGCAUAUGGUCAUCUGAAGUACGAGCUACGCCGCGUAGUCGCCUAUUUCAAGCACGGGUUCCCUAACGGCAACGGAGUUGCAGAACUUCUCCUUGCUGUUGUGGACAUUACCAAUAUACCACAACACAUUGUCGAUGAAGUAUCUGCAAACCGUGCUAGAAUGGACCGUCGACAGAAGGAAUUCUUUGGUUCUCAUGUCAAGCGAGUCAAAAUCAUCUUCGAACGGCUUGGGCUUCUUCUCGAAGACAACAAAUCUCUCCUCGACAAACUUCGAGUUCUUCACUACCCCAUCGAGGAGACCAAGCAUAUCACACGCCGCGACAAGCUGGUUCAAGCUCACAACAAUCUCGACUUCCUGAUAAAUGACCUUUGCGACGAAAUCUCGAUCAUGUUGUCAUCGAGGCUGGUCGCUAAAUUCUCAAAAUGA